CAUUCUCGUGUAGAAAAGUCUCGAUCUGCAAGUGGACCGACUUAUUGCACGAAUUUAACGCGGUUACAUCGGACCAGAGCCCUCAGACUCGUCGCCAAACUCGCCAACCAAAGACAGACACAAAAUGCCGAGACGCGGAAGGUCAGCAAGCCCAUCUCCAAGAGCGGCCCCCAGGCCCGCCGCCCCGGCCCCCCGUGCUGCCCCAGCGCCCGUUCCGGCCACCGUGCAGGCGCACCCACCCGCACCCGCCAUGGCAGCGCCCCAGGGACCCUCCCUCAUGGGCCAGAUGGCUGCCACCGCUGGCGGUGUGGCCAUCGGUUCGGCAGUGGGACAUACCAUGGGUCACGCGUUGACUGGCAUGUUCAGCGGAGGCUCGUCGGAGCAGGCGGCGGCCCCGGCCGCAGCGCCCGCAGCGGGCGCCGCGGGCCAACAGGCCCAGGCACAGGGCCCGUGCGCCUGGGAGGUCAGCCAGUUCCUGCAGUGCGCCCAAAACCAGACCGACCUCACCCUCUGCGAAGGAUUCAACGAGGCAAUCAGACAAUGCAAGACUGCCAACCACAUGGCGCUGUAAUCGCAGUCUCGCCCCCACUAGAAGUACAAUAGUAAGGUUGUCGGCAAGCUAGAGCGGCUAAAUGGCAGUUUCGAAGAACGGAUUUCCAAAAUUUUGGAUUGAAUGAAGUGACAAGUGGAUGCCCGAAUAAAAUUAUUUGUUCGUCAGUUAUAAAA